GACACGAAAACGAGUGCAUUAAAGAAAUCUAGUCGAUAUAGAAGUCGCUCCCUUUCCGCUUCUUCCACGGACUCAUACAGCUCCGCGUCUUGUACAGGAAGUAGUUCUGAUGAGGAUGACGUAUCACCUCGUGAAAAAGUGCAAAAGAAUUCUUCAGGGAGUUCUGAUUUUUGUGUACGCAAUAUCAACCAACAUGCUUUUGGAAGACGUGAGAUUGAUAUUGCGGAACAGGAAAUGCCAGGAAUAAUGGCCUUAAGAAAACGAGCUACAGAUGACAAACCCUUAAAAAAUGCCAAAAUUGUAGGAUGUACACAUAUAAAUGCUCAGACGGCUGUUUUGAUAGAAACUUUGGCAGCAUUAGGAGCUAAUUUAAGAUGGGCUGCAUGUAAUAUUUAUUCAACACAGAGGAGAUGCAUGGUGUCAGACAAUUAAUAAACCGCAUUUGCUUAAAUUGAGGAAUCAAAGGUGCGGAAUGGUAUAAUUUAUGAAAACCAUUUUUUUGAUAAUAAAUUUUGUUGGAAUUUAAAUCACAAACGUAAACAUCAAUUAAUACAGAUUCAUGAUAUAAAAAUAAAUAUAAAAAAUAUAAUACAUAAAAAUUUUUUUGUAUGUUAAAAGUACAUUAUAGUCAGGUAUUAGUUUCAAUAGUGUAUCAAAUCUAAAGUUGUAUGUUUGUAUAAAUCUAAUUAUAUACUUAUUUUUU